UGCUAGGGUUUCCUGAUGUUGCUCUGCCUUAGUGCGAUUUCCCCCGUGCGGUUUUCGUUCCAGCGGCAGCAAACACCUUCAACGAGUCCUCCCGCCAUUGUCCCAGAGAUUUUCAACCACGAGGCAUGCUUGAUCGAUGCUGUCCCGGCAUCCAAUCGUCCCUGGUUCCCCUACAAGGACGAGUUCCAUCUGGAUAAACCGGAGAAGCAAUCAUCCAGCAGCAAAGUGGUGAUUGCUUCCCUGGCCGAGUUCGUGGAGAAGCAAAUGAAGGAGCGCUUUGAGCGGGUUGUGCGCAGCAGGAGCUACUCGGCGUGUUUCGUGGCCGAGGCUCUGGACAACGCGGGCAACAUCGCCGCCAUCUUUAGAUCCGCGGAAGCAUUUGGCUUCCAGUCCGUUCAUGUGAUCACGUCUCUCACUGUUAAAGGGUACAAAGGUGUGAGGAGAGCACAUAGAGGGACAGAACGGUGGCUAGAUGUUGAGGUAUGGAAUUGCGCAAAAGAUUGUAUCCAGGCAUUGAGAUCCCGGGGUUACCGGAUAGCAGUGACAAGCACAGGUCAUGACACGGUUUCUAUCUGUGAAAUGGACUGGACGAUUCCAACUGCAGUGAUUUUCGGUAACGAGCACGAGGGUGCCAGUGACUACUCCACGUCCGAGGCGGACAUACUUUGCGGGAUUCCAAUGUUUGGUAUGGUGGAUUCUCUCAACGUGUCGGUCGCGGCUGGAAUUCUCAUGCGUCAUGCCGUUUGUGACAGGAUCGCUAGGAAUGGCAUUCAUGGAGAUCUAGAGCCGGAGCAGCAAGAGAUCUUGAUGGCGGAGUUUUUCCUCCGGUACAAGCGCAACUCGGCAGACAUUUUCAGCGAUCUGGCCAAGAAGCGCCAGCUCGAUCAAUACAGGAACUUUUAAAACCAUCCAGUUCUUCAGGAAGAGAUCGAUCUUUAUUGACGUUCUUCGUGGCAGCCAACCAGUGUUCCAUCUCAACUCAAAGGAUUCCAAUUUCCAACAAGAUCCUGGCAAUGACGUUGUAAACUCCAAGGGCCUCCCUUGGCUUGAUGGAUCGUGCACGCUUACACCAAACUCAGUGCCUGAUUGAUAGAUUUGCCUUUGCCCUCCAGGGAUUUGGAUCUUCAGUUUCACAUCAUCAAAGCCCGUUCUUCUCUUGAUUGAAUUCAGCGAAAGCCAAAACUACGGAGAAAAGCAAGACGCUUAACGUUAA